AUGUCCGCCUUCGCAGAUGGGACGGCAGGCCAACGCGCUCGUGGUGGCGGAAAGCGCAACGGCGGCAGGGCUGCCGCGGCCAAGGGCGGUCCCUCGGGCAGGCAGUCGCAGGAUGCGGAUGGAGGCGACGAGGGGGAUCAUGCCGAGCCGGAAGCUCGUGGUGGCGGAAAGCGCACCGGCGGCAGGGCUGCCGCGACCAAGGGCGGUCCCUCGGACUCGCAGGAUGCGGAUGGUGGCGACGAGAAGGAUCAUGCCGAGCCGGAAGCUCGUGGUGGCGGCAUACGCAACGGCGGCAGGGCUGCCGCGGCUAAGGGCGGUCCCACGGGCAGGCAGUCGGAGGAUGCAGAUGGUGGCGACGAGGGGGAUCAUGCCAAGCCGGAAGCUCGUGGUGGCGGCAUGCGCAACGGCGGUAGGGCUGCCGCGGCCAAGGCCGGUCCCUCAGGCUCACAGGAUGCGGAUGGUGGCGACGAUAAGGAUCAUGCCGAGCCGGAAGCUCGUGGUGGCAGCAUGCGCAACGGCGGCAGGGCUGCCGCGGCUAAGGGCGGUCCCUCGAGUAGGCAGACGCAGGAUGCGGAUGGUGGCGACGAGAAGGAUCAUGCCGUGCCUGCAUGCCGUGGCGUUAACGAUCAUGAUGAGGACGAGCCAGCAGCUGUGACUGAUGGGAAAGGUGGACGUGAAGCUGUGAUUCCCUACCAACGGCGCAAGGCUGUGGAUCCGGGCAGUUGCGACCAUAAGGCGAGACAAGCUCGGCGCGGCCCCAAUGUGCACGUUUUGAGCUCGUCUGGUUCCGAGGAAGAUUCGAGCGACAGUGAGUCGGGCAGCUCAUCCGGGAGUGAGGAGGUAUACGAGGACGAGGUUGAGGAGGAGGAGGACGAGGAUGAUGAGGAGUUGGAGCCGGAGAGCGAGGAUGGGGAGGAGGCUCGGCCUUUGCAGAGGAGGAGUGUGCGGAAGCUCAAGAAGGGCAACGCUAAGCAAAAAUCGGAGAGGGGACGGGUGAAGAUCUGUAAACAGAGUGUGCGUCGUGCCAAACCACAAGGCAAGCGCCAGAGGCCUCGAUUCGAAGCUAAAAUAGUGGGUGUGCGUAGCAAGGCGAAGCGGGAGUUGAAUUUUUACGAAUCAAUGAGGAUAAGAUGUCCAUCAAGCUCUCUUGAACGGCAAGCCGCGGACUCGUACGCUGCGUUACGCUAUCCGAGGGGUUCGGCUGGGGAAGGAGAUCAGAUGGCUUGGGGGUCAGCGCGGUUUGGCAAAGAAGCGACGGACCCGCCCCCCAACCAUAUGGGGGGUCGCGCGGUUCAUGUGAAGAACGAGGGGGCAACGAAGCGGCACGAACCCUCGGUAGCUGCAGCAGCGAAUGACGGUGUGGGAGGAGGUGUGUGGGCGAAUGCCUUGGGUGAAUGUGGCGGCGGUGUGGAAGGCUCCAUGUGGGAUAUACGGGAGAGCAGGGGAGAAGGGGGGGACGAGAAAAUGGAUCCAGCCACUAAGGAGGGGAGGGGAGAGAGCAUGGGCACACCUGGCGCAUCCAGUCGGCCGGAUGUGGCUGGCGGCAGGACUGUGGAGCAGCUCAUGCGAGAGCUUGCCCAGCGGGAUCGCGAAAUCGCUGCACUCAAGGCAAGGCCAGGAUCAAAAGGAGCUGUCAAGCCCUGCACCCCUCCAUCUAGGCCUCCUCCUCUAGCAUCUCUGUCGAGCGGCCCAUCUAUAGGGGGCCUCGAUCCAGACGUGGCGCCAGAAAGCCCAGCGACGGUAGACGUACCGGUCCGUCGAACGCGUGGGAUGCCCACACCCAAGCUGCUGAAGGUAAGCGUGUUUGUGGAAUUAUGCACAGUGAUAGCGGCAUGUCUGCAGUGGGAUAGGCAUUCCCAGUACGCCUCGCUUCAUGGACGUGGCGCUGGGCAUACGAUGCUCUCACAUUCUGCCCCCGACCCAGAGCUCACCAUAGCAAGCCCCUGUUCCUGGUGCUGGUGGUGGUGUGGGUGUCAUGCGGCGGAGGGAAUAGAGGAAGCCGUAUCCGUCAACCCCAUGCGGCCCCCUUUCUGUCCGCCGCUCCUCCCUCCCCUCUCUAUCCCGUCCCUCUCCCUCCUCGUCCAGAGCCACUGUAAAAGAGCUCCUGUUCAUGGUGCUGGUGGUGGGGUGGGUGUCAUGUGGCGGAGUGAUCGUAAAUCGCAGCAAGCUCCUGUUCAUGGUGCUGGUGGUGGGGUGGGUGUCAUGCGGCGGAGUGAUCAGCCCAUGUUCAUGGUGCUGGGGGUGGUGUGGGUGUCAUGCGGCGGAGGGAUAGCUAAGCAUAGCAAGCUCCUGUUCAUGGUGCUGGUGGUGGGGUGGGUGUCAUGCGGCGGAGUGAUAGCUCACCAUAGCAGCUAUCCUUCCUCUCCCUGCACCCUCUCUCCCAUCCCUCCCCCACCUCUUCCAGAGCCCAUGUUCAUGGUGCUGUUGUUGCUUAACGUUGGUUCUUCUCCCACUGUCCCCUUCUCCCGCCCCCCCUUUAAUCUACACCUCUCCCCUUCCCUCCCGCCAUCCCGUUCUCUCCCUCCCUCCAUUUCUCUUCAGCCCUCCCCUUCUAUCCCGCCCUCCAUGUCUCUCCUGCCCUCCCCCUCUCCCCUGCCCUCCCCUUCUCUCCUGCCCUCCCCUUCUCUCCCGCCCUUCCCUGCUCUACUGCCCUCCAGCCAACCCUCCAUUCAUUCUAAACCGCCCUCCACUUCGUCCAUACCCUUUGGACAACCCCUAAACCAUGUCGUGCAUGAUCUUCGUCCCCGCCUUGUCCUGCGUGCGCGCAGGAGGGAAUCAACGGGUCAGCUCGUGGGGAAACAGCAGAGACGGGCUCCCGUUUGCCAACGGCCGAUUGACCAGGGCUUGGCAAAGGUUAAGAAGACCGACUGGAACGUCUCGAACUCCCACCGCAAGAACACCGAGUGGAUGACGGGUUUGCACCGAAAUGUGCGGUGGAUUAUCAAGGACCACUUCACACGCCACACCCCCGUGUACAACACAGUCGUGCAGGGCUUCAAGUGGGGCGACCGUGGCCUGUAUGUUCACGAGUCAGGAUUUGAGGCGUUCAAGGGGAAGGCCGUGCCUGACGAGGAGAAGACGGACUUUAAGGAGGAAGAGCAGGAGGUGUACGACGUGGAGGACUUGAAGACAGAUAACGAGGAGGAUGACGAGGAUCAGGAGGAGGAGGAGGAGGAGGAUGAGGAGGAGGAGGAGGAGGAGGAGGAGGAGGAGGAGGAGGAGGAGGAGGAGGAGGAGGAGGAGGAGGAGGAUGAGGAGGAGGAGCAAGGCAUUGGUGGAGACAGCAAGGGGGGCAGCACGCCAGGCAAGAAAGUAGAGUCAGCAUGGGGGGUGGCACGGGCGGCAAAAGCGUGGAGUCAGCAAGGGGGGCAGCAGUAG